AUGGCAUCCCAACAGGCAGAGAAGCCGCGAGGCUUGCCCAAUCCCUAUGCCUCUAGGGGCCUUCCGAAUCCAUAUGCAUCUGCGACCAUCUCCGCGCCUCCCGUCAAGUUCUCGGAGGAGGCAAAGGCCGAGCAGAAGAAAACACCUGCGUUCCAUAAUCCGCACAACAUCAAGCGCCCGCAGGCCAAAGGCCCCACCGCCAAGAAACCGCCAGUAAAGAAGCCCAUGAUGCCUUCAAGCUCCUCGGAUCCAGCUCCAGCGGUUACGACCAGCCAGCAGCCCGGCCUUGAUUGGUGGCGCAGCACUGCAGACGACGACGCGGAGGCUCUGGACUAUAGGAGACAGUUGAUUCGGGAGCAGAAAGAGAAGAAGAAGCAGGAGAAGAAAUUCGCCAAGCAGUAUGGCUACUGGAAAGGCGAAGCGCCAUACAAACCGGAGCGGCCGUCAAACAUUUUGGCAUAUCGAGCGAGCGGAGGCUGGGGCGCGAAGUUGCACGGCUUUGCGGGUUUCCUGCACGCACAACCUGCUCCCUCCCGGUUGCGCAACGUGAGCAGCAGCAGCAGCAGCGUAGAGUCGGACAAGAUAUCACGGCUAUCCUCCUCAUCAUACCCAACGAAGCCUGAGCUUGGCCCGCCUGUAGCCUACAACCAGGCCAGCGAUUCAACGCCGCCUCCUCCGCCGCCACCACCUGCGGAUCAGGACCAGGUUCCGCCGCCACCUCCUCCACCUCCACCAGCCUCUACGCCGUACUAUCCGUCGAUCUCUGCUGCCCCUGUUCGUCAGACCCCAACUGGCUAUACACCAGGGGCAGCUUAUGGCCGCGCGACCAUCUCAGCACCGCCUGUCCGCUAUGAUGUUACUGACGUGCAGAUGAAAGACAAUAUUGCCGAGCGGGCCUACGGCGAGCGACCUGCAAAGCGACCGAAAAUCAGUAAAGCGGAAGCGAUGAUGGCCAAGAUGGGAUACAUCAAGGGACAAGGGCUGGGCAAGAACAAAGACGGCAUCACGACUCACCUCGAGGUAAAGGCUCGAGCGAAUUCACGGCGGGUUGCUAACUCCAAUGACGUUGACGAAGAUGGAAAUAGAAAUAUUAAGUCUCAGCAGGUCUUUGAUAUCCUUGGUGGCCACACCACCAAGCGGAAAGAGCCGGGCAGGUUCGGAGACGAGUCGAAGGUGGUUGUCGCCUGGGGAUGUGUCGACGACGUCGACUGGGCGGCUGAUGCUGACCGAGACGACGGAGGCAUUCGGCAGGAGAUGGGCCAGACAUUCGACGCAAAGUUCGGACGGGUGGAGCGCAUCUAUGUCAACAUGAGCAGCAAUCCGCAGUCGGUCUACAUCAAGUUCGCUUCUGAGCUAAGCGCCUUGAACGCUGUCAACCGCUUUCACGAAGGGUACCAGUUCCGCGGCCGAGAAAUUCGCGCACAGUACUACAACGAGGCCAAGUUUGAGGCGGCUGUCUUCGAUCACUAGGGCUUGGGUCGGCUUCGGUCUCUCUGUUUAAUACUAUACCUUUAAGGUGCCCGAUUGCGUUCUGGCGGCAACCGUGUUUCGACAGCCGAUGGCACUCGAUGUACUAUAACUAUGAGGUGGACACUUCCGCGUGCUUUAUGGGAGAAUUGCGGAG